AUGGAUGGUGAAUCUGAGCCAAGUCAGCCAACAAAUUUAUUUGCUACUCUUUCACCAGUUGUCCAGAACACUACUACUAUGUUACCACCCGAAACUAGAAGUCGUAAAAAUCGAUCUGAUGUUUGGAAUCACUUCAAGCUAGAUCCUAACUUGGAAAAAAUAGCUAUAUGCAACUAUUGUGAUAAAAAGUUCAAGUAUAAUGGAACGAGUUCGAUGGCAGCACAUUCUAAGGCUUGCAAGAGUAACCCAAAUAAUGAUUUUAACAAGAGACAAAGAACACUUACACCUUCAAUGAAUGGUGAUGGCCAUCCUACUUCUUCCCCUUCAGUUCCUAGGUUUGACCAAGAGAGAUUGCGGUAUUUGCUCGUGAAAUUGUUUAUAGCUUGGGAGUUACCUUUCUCAAAAGUGGAGCAUCCAGAUUUCCAUGAAUUUGUAAGUGGCUUGAACUCAAAAUUCAAUCUUAUAUCACAUAAUACACUUGCACGUGAUACUUUGCUUCUAUGGGAUGUAGAAAAGGAAAAAUUGAAAAACUUUCUAGCCCUUCAUUGUCAAAGAGUUUGUCUCACUUCCGAUACAUGGACGUCUAUUCAAAAUCUCACAUAUAUGUGUAUCACUGCCCACUUCAUUGACAAUAACUGGACCUUACAAAAUAGGGUUCUAAGUUUUGUCCAAGUCACAGGCCACUCGGGAGAUAUUAUAGCAAACACUAUUGAUGCGUGUUUGACUGAUUGGGGACUUAAUCAAAUAUUAACUGUCACACUUGAUAAUGCAUCCUCAAAUGAUCUUGCAAUUAAACAUUUGACAAAGAAGCUAUUAUCAUAUAAUCGUUUAGUAUUGAAUGGAGAGUACAUACAUAUGAGAUGUUGUGCUCAUAUACUAAACCUCAUUGUUAAGGAAGGGUUCAAAGAUCUUGACAAGUCAAUUUUGAGGAUCCGAGGUUCAGUCAAAUAUGCCAAGUCUUCUGCUCAAAGGUUUGCAAAAUUCAAAGAAUGUGUAAAACGCUCAAACACCGAGUACAAAGGUCUUGCGUGCCUUGAUGUAGAAACAAGGUGGAAUUCAACUUAUCUAAUGUUAGACUCGGCUUUGAAACAUCAAAAAGCUUUUGAAGUACUUGAAAUUCAUGAUCCCAUGUACACUCAAGAGCUAGUUCAAAAGGGAAAUGGUGUACCCACAAGCUUAGACUGGAUUGAAGCACAAUCGAUUCUUCCAUUUUUGAAAAUCUUUUAUGAUUGUACACUUCGGAUAUCAGGUUCCUCCUAUGUGGCUUCUAAUAUGUAUAUGUUAGAGGUAUUUGCUAUAGGGGCAAAGAUAAAUAACAUGUGUAUUUGUGAAGAUUCAUUCAUAAAGGGCAUGGCUUUCAAGAUGAAAAAAAAAUAUGACAAGUAUUGGGGAAAGCCUGAGAAGAUAAAUAUGUUGUUGGUGAUUUCUUCUGUCUUAGAUCCUAGAUACAAAUUAAAAUUUGUCACUUGGUUGAUCAAUCAAAAUUUUGAUUCAUUAGAGGCAAAAAAGUUAAGAGAUUUGUUGGAUACCCGCUUGAAUGAACUAUUCAUGGAGUAUAGUCAUGUGAGGCAUGGGUCCCAAAGUGAUUCACAGUUGAAUCGAUUUGACUUAGGUGGUAAGGAAGACCUUUAUAGUUACAAUCGUUUUUUACAGUGCACUGAUUCUUCUUCUGCGGAUAAGAAUGAUUUGGAAAAGUAUCUGGAAGAGUCUAUAGAGAGUCAGUUUACCAUUGACUUUGAUAUUUUAAAAUGGUGGAGGGAAAAUUCGAAUCGCUUUCCAGUCCUUGCAAAGAUGGCAAAAGACUUGUUUGCCAUACCUAUCUCCACUGUAGCAUCUGAGUCUACGUUUAGUCUUGGAGGAAGAGUGAUGAAUGAAUACCGCAGUUGCCUCACACCUGAAACAAUGGAAGCCCUUGUUUGUAGUUACAGUUGCCUUAAAGCAGCGCGUAAAUCCUCAAUCAUUGAUUCACUUUUAGUUGAGAAUUACAGGGAUCUUGAGAAAUUAGAGGAAGAAAUAGCUUCUACAAAAGGAGGUAGUACUUUUCCGGCUCCCGUUGUUUUCGAUGAAGAUUGA